UUUAAUCACAACUCCAAAACCCUACUCAACCUAGAAACACCCCCCACCCCCACCAUGGCACCACCGUUUCUCUCUCUCCUCAUCCUCUCCCUCUUCUCCCCCACCCUCAUCUCCGCCACCACCAUACAACAUCCACAACACACCGUACAAGAAGUACAAAGGAGCUUGAAUGACUCAAGACGUAACUUGGGUUUCCUGUCUUGCGGGACAGGAAACCCAAUUGACGACUGUUGGCGGUGUGAUCCCAACUGGGAAAAAAACCGCCAACGUCUGGCAGACUGCGCCAUUGGCUUUGGAAAAGGAGCCGUUGGUGGAAGAGACGGAAAGAUUUAUGUGGUUACCGAUUCGGGUGACGACGAUGCCGUAAACCCAAAACCUGGGACUUUACGGUACGCCGUCAUCCAAGACGAGCCGCUCUGGAUUAUUUUCCAGCGCGACAUGGUGAUUAAGCUCAAAGAAGAGCUAAUCAUGAACAGUUUCAAAACAAUCGAUGGUCGUGGCGCGAGCGUGCACAUAGCCGGUGGACCGUGCAUUACAAUACAAUAUGUUACAAACAUUAUAAUUCAUGGAAUCAAUAUUCAUGAUUGUAAGCCUGGAGGGAAUGCCAUGGUGCGUAGCUCCCCGCGGCAUUUCGGGUGGAGGACGAUAUCCGAUGGGGACGGCGUGUCCAUAUUCGGUGGAAGCCAUGUGUGGGUCGAUCAUUGUUCGUUAUCGAAUUGCGCUGACGGACUGAUCGACGCCAUCAUGGGGUCUACCGCGAUCACGCUGUCAAACAAUUACAUGACCCAUCAUGAUAAAGUUAUGCUUUUGGGCCAUAGUGAUUCUUAUGAGCAAGACAAGAACAUGCAAGUCACUAUUGCUUUUAAUCACUUUGGUGAAGGUCUGGUCCAAAGAAUGCCAAGAUGCCGACAUGGGUACUUUCAUGUGGUGAACAACGACUACACCCAUUGGGAGAUGUACGCGAUCGGAGGAAGUGCAAACCCGACCAUCAAUAGCCAAGGGAAUCGAUUCCUUGCACCCGAUAGACGGUUUAGCAAAGAGGUGACCAAACACGAAGAUGCGCCAGAAAACGAAUGGAAAAGCUGGAAUUGGAGGUCCGAAGGGGACUUGAUGUUAAAUGGUGCAUUUUUUGUGGCAUCGGGUGCUGGGGCUUCAUCUAGUUAUGCAAGGGCUUCAAGCCUUGGAGCUAGGCCCUCAUCGGUUGUUGCCACUCUCACGACCAACGCAGGAGCUUUAGUUUGCAGAAAGGGCGCUCGUUGCUGAUUAAAAUUCAAAAUUAUCAACAUAUCUUGAUGGCUGGUUUUGUUUUAUCUAUCUUAUUUAUUUAUGUCCCUUAUUUGUGGGCUAGUUUUAUUUUUAUUUUUUUCUUUUUUUUUCUUUUUUUUUACAUUUACCUUUUAAAGCCUUUUGAUUUUGGUUUAUGUUCUUCUUAUGUACAACCUCGGCUUGCCACUCAUGGGAUGUUUAAUUUUGGACACCCAAGGAUUUGGAGUAUAUGGCAAGUUAAGUAGUGUUGUGAUGUAUAUAUACACAUUUAUAACAUCUAUCUUUAUUUCCAAGAAAUUUUUGCU